CCUUUUUUUUUUUAAGAAUAAAAUAAAAUAAUGUGUUUGUGAGGAAGAUGGUGAUUCUGAAUUUUCUGAGUUUCUUGGGUGUUGGGUUCUGAAUAAAAAUCUUGCUUUUCUUCCUCAUGCAAGCAAAACAUCUUACUUUUUGCAUUGCCUUUUUUUUUUUUUUUUUCUUGUAGUUUUUUGGGGGUGGGGUUGAUAUAUUGUACUAGUCCUCCCAUUAUUCCUUUUUUUACCCUUCCUUCUUUUUAUUGUUAAAGGGGAGAAAAAGGGUCUUUUGAUUAACAUUGUUUGGGGAGAAAGGGAAAAAAACCAAUGAUUUGUUUUGAGUUUUUCUCAACAUUUGGAUUUGGCAACAACCUUGGAAUUCUAUUUUAAGAGGAAUUGAAGCUGCUGUUUGUGGAAGUUUGGCACAAGCUUGGCAAUUCUAUUCAGCCAAAAGUAUAGAAGUGUGAACUAUCGAGGCUUAAUGGUUGUGGAAGAACCUUUUGUGUGCCAGCAGCUGUUGUUAGCUUGAUCUCUUAACUUUGUUGUUUCAUAGAAAUCCUGAAGUGAUGUGGAACUCAAUUUUCCACUAGAUAUGGCAGAGCCUCAUCGGAUUGUAGAUGAAAAUUUUCUUCAUACAACCAUUGUUCCCAUUAGUUUUCCCGAUACAGUUUGUAUGAACAAUCAAAACCACAUUAUGGAUGGACAAAACCAUAUCAUGGAUGGACAUGGAAUUCCUUAUCCUUUUAUGCUGCAAGGUGAAGCUGUAAACAGUUCUCAUGGUUUUCUAAAUGUACCUAAUUUUCCUCGACGUGUUGACACUGAAGCAAUUCACAAUGUGCUGCCGGCUGGGAGAAACAGAAUAAAAGAGUUUUCAGUGAGUACUUCUUAUCCACUCAGUAAUGCUUACACAGAUGAUCAAUAUAUGGAGGGAAUACCAAUUUCUGUAGUGUCUCUUGCUAAUCUUUUGGCUGCAAGGAACGCUAUGCAUGAGAAUCCUGAAAAUUUAGCGGUACUGGCUCCGUUAUCACAUCCUGCAGAAGGCCAGAAAAUUGAUGGUCUAGACUAUCCUAAUGUGUUGAAUCAUUCAUUUGGAUCCUACAGAAACUAUGAGUUUGAUGGUGUUUCGGAAAUUGCUGGGACGGUUGUAGGACGAGCAGGAUCUCAGCCUUUCCAAUUAACUGAAAAUGUGAAUUCAAACACAUGGUUCUCAUCAGAAACAGCUAGUUUGAGUUCUGAUAGUCCCUCUGGAUCCUCCCGAUUUAGCAACGAGCUCUGUCUAAGUCUCACAACAUCACAAUCUGCUGUUGCAUGUGGGACUACUAUCCGGGACCAAUGCUCGGAUAUAAGCUGCUCCGGUGUAACCAACCAUGCUUUCCCUCAAAGACGCUUUGAUUCAGAGCUAACUUCUUGCAACAGCAGAAAUCUGUCUUUAAACUUUGGUUCAUACAAACCUGUCCACCUUUCACAAUUCUUAACUGGAUCAAGAUAUCUCCGUGUAAUGCAAGAAAUACUCUCUGAAAUCGCUCAGUUAUCACUUCAAAAUCAUAACUUGGUUGGCUAUCGAGGAAAUGGGAUGGAGAAUGGUGCAAACACUUCAUUUGCUUUGAAUUCAGAUGCUGGAAGGGGCUAUGCAGCCAUGAGUUCCGAUGAUUCACCUGAUGGAGACCAUAGAAUCAUUGGUCUGAUGGAUUGUGAAGCAAAGAAAAAGAAUCUGGUAGCUUUGUUGCAAGUGGUUGACGAUCAAUACAACCAAUGCUUAGAUGAGAUUCAUAUGGUCGUCUCUGCAUUUCAUGCUGUGACCGAGUUGGAUCCUAGUAUACAUGCUCGUUUCGCCCUUCAAACAAUCUCCUCCUUGUACAAAAACCUGAGGGAGAGAAUAAGCAAUUACAUUCUCGCAAUGGGAGAACAUUUCAACAAAGGAGGAGAAAGGGGAGUAGAGAAGUCAUUCGAAACAUCCUUCAUUCAAAAGCAGUGGGCACUUCAGCAGCUAAAACGAAAAGAUCAUCAGUUAUGGAGGCCACAGAGAGGCUUGCCAGAAAGAUCUGUCUCAGUUUUGAGAGCAUGGAUGUUUCAAAACUUUCUUCACCCAUAUCCAAAGGAUGCAGAGAAGCAAUUGCUGGCAGUAAAAAGUGGAUUGACAAGGAGUCAGGUAUCGAAUUGGUUCAUAAAUGCUCGAGUUCGUCUAUGGAAACCAAUGAUUGAGGAAAUGUAUGCUGAGAUGAACAGAAGAAGAAUUCGUGCUGGAAAUGAAGAUGAAGCUAACCAUCAUCGAAGAAAUCACAAAAUUAUUGAGAGUCAUUUAUUUACAAUGAAGUGACAUGAUGAUGAUUAUGAUUAUGAUUAUGUAUAAUAAUAUUUUUGAGUUCAUAGAUAUAUCACUAGUUUAGUUGAUCUUUUGCUCAAAAUUUGCGCAAUUGUACAUCUGCUGUAUCUAAGACUC